UGCGGGAGCUGCUGCGGCUCAUGCACCCGCGCUUCCACCAGCACCUGGCUGCCCUGGGGGAGGACGCCCUGCAGAUGCUCUUCUGCCACCGCUGGAUCCUCCUCUGCUUCAAACGGGAGUUCCCGGAGCCCGAGGCUCUGCGCAUGUGGGAGGCCUGCUGGGCUCACUACCAGACCGACUACUUCCACCUGUUCAUCUGCGUGGCCAUCGUGGUGAUUUAUGGGGAUGAUGUCAUUGAGCAACAGCUGGCCACAGACCAGAUGCUGCUGCAUUUUGCCAACCUGGCUAUGCACAUGAAUGGAGAACUUGUGCUCAGGAAGGCGAGGAGUCUGCUCUAUCAGUUCCACCUCCUGCCCCGCAUCCCCUGCAGCCUGCACGACCUGUGCAAGCUGUGCGGGACGGGGAUGUGGGACAGCGGCUUCAUCCCCGCCGUGGAGUGCUCGGGCCAGCACCCCCCCUCCCAGAGCUGUCCCUGCGGGGGGCUGCCCGGGGGGGCCUCUCCCACCCCAGGAAGCGAAGGCAAGAGAGGCUCCAGAACACGGGACGGCUUCGCCUUCCGAAAAUAGCCGCGGAGGAACAGGGCCCGGCCGCGGAAGAGGGAAGGGCAGGAAGGAUGUGCACAGGGAGAACCCAGGGACGG